GGUGUGUGUGUUUAGUACAUAGCACGGUGUGUGUGUUUAGUACAUAGCACGGUGUGUGUGGGUGUGUGUGUUUAGUACAUAGCACGGUGUGGGUGUGGGUGUGUUAGCCCCUCCCCCGGUUGCUAGUAGAGCCGCUGUCCGAGCCCGGCCCGCUCACUGAGCACUAUGCCGUCCCCUAUCCCGGUGGAGCGCUUCCUGCCCCGGGACCUGUCUCCCUCCAUAGACCUGAGGCCGUGCAGCAGCCCGCUGGAGCUGAGCUCUCACAAGCUGGGCAGCCUGUCCAUCCGCCGGCCCGCGGGCCCCCGCCUCCCUCCCCGCCUGGCCUGGUGCAGCAUUGACUGGGAGCAGGUCCGCCUGCAGGAGCCGCUGGGCUCGGGGGGGUUCGGCUCGGUGUACCGGGCCACCUACCGCGGGCAGACCGUGGCGGUGAAGAAGGUGAAACGCUGCAGCAAGAACCGGCUGGCCUCCCGGCAGAGCUUCUGGGCCGAGCUGAACGCCGCCCGCCUGCAGCACCCGCACGUCAUCCGCAUCCUGGCCGCCAGCACGUCCUGCCCCGGGGAUCCCGGCAGCCCCGGCACCAUCAUCAUGGAGUACGCCGGCAGCAGCACCCUGCACCGCCGCAUCUACGGCCGCGGCCCCCCGCUGGGUAGGGAGCGCUGCCUGCGGUACGCGCGGCAUGUGGCCACCGGCCUGGGCUUCCUGCACCGCGGCGGGGUGGUCCACCUCGACCUCAAACCGGCCAACGUGCUGCUCGCCCCCGGCGACCUCUGCAAGAUCGGCGACUUCGGCUGCUCGCAGCGCCUGCAGGACGCAGCCGGCACAUGCGGCACCCAGCUCAGACACCUGGGGGGGACCUACACCCACCGGGCCCCCGAGCUGCUCCGCGGGGAGCCCGUCACCGUCAAGGCAGACAUCUUCUCGUUCGGGGUCACCCUGUGGCAGAUGGUGACCCGGGAGCUGCCCUACACCGGGGACCGGCAGUGCGUGCUCUAUGCCGUGGUGGCCUAUGACCUGCGGCCCGAGCUGGGACAGGUGUUCGUGGACACGGAGGAGGGAAGGGCCUCCCGGGGCAUCGUGGAGAGCUGCUGGGCUGCCCGGCCUCAGGACCGACCCAGCGCCGAGCAGGUCCUGGAAAGACUGGACUCCCUGCAAGGCCCCCCUCCGGCCCCCGGGACUGAGCCCCUGCAAGGCCCCCCUCCGGCCCCCAUGACAGAGCCUGGUUCUGGUACAGACUAUAUGCCAACUCUGGAGGACAGAGAACUCUCUAAUCACAGUCUGGUAUCUGGUCCAGACUCAUUGCAUCCAACACCUGGACCUCAGUGCCUGGACUAUGAGCAGAGAUGCUCUCCUGACAUUAUGCACUCACUCCCCACCACUGACUGUCUGGAUGGUGUGAGGCCAUGGCACUGUAUGGGCACUGAACAGACCCUUAUUGCAGCUUAUGUGGACUCCAUGGAGACUUGUGCUUCUUAGUUAAUGUUACAGCUAGAGAGCAUGUUCUGGAGAGCAGGAAUAAUUGUAUCCAAUGAUGCUUCUCACAUCCAAAAAAUAACUGUGGCUGUGGACCAACCUGUUGCCCAAAUGAGUAGCUUCAGCGUUUAGAUCUGAUGGACUCGUGCUGUACUUUAUGGAACGUUUCGGAUAGCUGUGAUCCAUACAGACUUGGUUGUACACAACAGAUUUACUCAAAGCAAAGGUUUAAAGCCAAAAAUGGAAAUCUAACUUAUUACCAAGAGAUGUUACAUAUAUAUGAUCAAUUGAUCUUGAUAUCGACAUAAAAGGCUUGCUUGCACUUUUUAUUAACUGCUGCUAUCUGUCAGAUUGUUUUUGUUCAUGUGUAUUUAUAUAUUUAUUUUUGUGCACUUUAGGUGUUUUUGUCUUCUAAUGGGUUAAGUACAAUGACAUUGUUCAGCUAGUUUAUUAGUUAUUAGAAUUUCAGUGCUAAAUUGUAAUGCAUCAGAUAUUCAGUUAUGGUGUAGGUGAUGUUUUAAAUUUCAAACUAAAGUCCUUGGGAAGAAAACAUUUGCCGUAUUUGACUCUCCAAGGCACUUUCGGGAACUGUUCUACCUACCGCUUUGUACAAAAGUUCUCUAAGCUAUCGUGCACUAUUAAAGCAGUCUUUCUGAACUCUCUUCAGUCUUGGCAGAUGCACUGUGGUGUGGUGGCUAAGGACCCUGCAUUGUACUUAUUUUUAAACAUGAGCGGUUUGUUUCAUAUAGUGGCAGAACUGGGAUCUAUACUUUUGUUAACUUGUAUGUUUCCUCAAUUCAACACACCAAAAUUACUAGCUAGAAGUCAUUGGCUUAUGUCACUUUCCAUCGCAAAUUAGAGCAUACAUCAUUUGGAGGUGAUUCAGCAUAGUAUGAUUGCCAUUCCAUUCCCUGACACAGCUAAGGGUUCAUUCCUAAACAAUGGCCAAACUGCUAUGUCUAUGCCAAAUCAACUUGAAACACGUUUCCAAUUAAGCUAUUCUUGGCUCAAUGGCACUAUAACAAGAUGGUUCGUUGCUAUGUUUUUUUUUUUUUUGUCGUAUAAUUCUAUGUGUCUGUAUAUCUAUCUUGAGUGAGCAGCUUACCAAAAAUUAGGACUCUCGGGGAACCUUUUAACCUAGACCCUCUUUAUUUGCACUGGUGAUAUGGAAACCACACUUCUACAUUAUGGUUAGGUGGUAAUAUAAUAAAACCAGAAUGACCCAGUCUUUAAACAUGUCUGUGGCUGGUGAGGUGGGCCCUAGUUUUUAGUAAACCAUCCUACUACAACUGUUUGGCAAAAUCAGUAUGGCACCCAUUGACCUAUAGCAGUUUCAAUGAGCGGUUUAGGGUGGUUAGAGUCCAACUUGAAAUUUUGCAUGUAAAACGUUAAAUAAAAAUACCUUCACCCUCCCCCCACAGAAUGUUUUACUAUAAAAAAACUCUGAAAGCCUGGUUCUCUGAUAUGAUAAAGCCAAAAUAUAGCAGAAACCUUCUUUUGGUAUAUUUGCUAAAGAGGCAUGAUAAAGACCAAACUAAUAUCUUGAAUUGUUUGCUUCCGUUUCAUCUCCUCCCCAACUUUGAAUUUUGACUUUAAAUUCUGUACACUAAUCUGCUUUAUUAAUAUUAAAGCCGACUGUAAAAUUCUUUGAGAUGCUUAUUUAUAGAAUCACAAAGUAUAUCCUAGCAGAAAGUACCCUAGCUUAAUAACUAUAUCUGAAAACUUUUCCACUCAUCCCCUUCAUCUGCAUUUUGUCAUUUUUAUUGUGAUUUCAGAAAUAGAUCCCUACAUCUAAUUAUGCGCUGGUGACAAAUUACUGCUAUGAAGUUCUCUAAAAUACUUUAUUGACGAGGAACAUGCUAAGCAGCAUAAUUAUUACACCACUCCAUGUAUUGGUUAUGCUGCCAGUUGUCUAUUUUGGUGCCCAAAAGGUAGAUCCCCAGAUGUUGUAGAACUACAGCUCCCUUGAUGCCCUGCAUGCCUUCAGAAUGACAAAGCAUCAUGGGAGCUGUAGUUUUUAAACCAUCUGGGGAUCUUUCUUUUGGGCACCUCUCCCCUAAGCUGAUUCAGGUAAGGGGUUAUUGUGCAACUUGAGACUGAAAAUGUACAAUGCUGUAAUUAUUUAUAGGUUCAUAUGAUAGCGGAGGAAAACCUGCACAGAGAUUAUGUAAUAAUGAAUAUUGCAUUUUACACUCCAUCAGGUGGACAAAUGUCUACAUUACUCAAAGUAAGCCAUUACUUUCACCCGAUGCACUAUGUAUUUUGCACCAUUUCAUUAAUGAAGCACUUGCUUUGUAAUAUCUGCUCCUAAAUCAAAUACGGCAGCGUUUUUUGGUUUGUGGGGUUUUGUGUCUUUUUGUAUUUUGUGUUUAUAAACAAAACCAAAAAAAAAUUUUUUAGUGCUUAUGUAAACUCCUGUCUUGUCUCACUGUUCUGGUAUAUAGAACUGACUGUACCAGCAAUGUUUCAUAUUUAUUUUUACAGUGUAUAAAACGUGGGUUGUCUUUGAACAUUUUAAAUUUCACAGCUGCAUAUGUAUAUUUUUAUAAUAAAGAAAUUGGAUUGUCAUGUU